AUGGCAUCUUGGAUCACCCCGUCUCCCGUUGGAUCCGCUGCGGUGUGUGGCAUCAGCAGCAGCUUCCGCAGCACGCGCCGCGGCGCUAACGUCUUGAAGAUGUGGCGGCGCGCGAUUGCAUGGCGCGUGGGACGUUUCAGCGAGAAAGAGCAAUGUACUCUGCGCUCCCCCCGUGCGUCGCUCGGCUUCUCCCCUCUGCGACCCAAGCCCGUGGCUAAGCCGCCCAGCAAGAAGCCCAGGCCUAGGGAUGUGAUGGGUACCGCUGCUGCUGCGAAGCCCAGAGUGGUGCAGAGCGGUCAAGCGACCAUCGCAACUGUAGCAGUCAAAGCUACGCAAGCUAGGGCGACGCCAGCUAAGGUGACAUCAGCCAGGGUGACGCCAGCCAAGGCGACGCCAGCUAAGGAGACGCCGGCUAAGGUGACGCCCAUUAAGGCGACACCUGCUAAGGCUACGCCAGCUAAGGCGACGCAGGCUAAGGUGGCGCCAUCCAAGGCGACGCCAGCCAAGGCAACGCCAGUUAAGGCGACGCCGCCAGCUAAGGUGACGCCAGCGACACCAGCUAAGGCGACACGUGCAAGCCCUACUGCCGCGGUAGGUGUGAAGGCUGCAGGUGCAAGCAGCCCAGCAGCAGCAGCAGCAGCAGCAGCAGCAGCAGCCGCAGCAGCUCCUCUCACCAUGAAGGCGGGUCUUGUUGGCGGGUCUGGAAUCCCCAGACCUGGUUUUGUGGGAGAGAUGGGAGGAAUGGUGGAGGAAUGUGGUGAGCUGGAAUGGGGAGGCAUGGCAUGA